AUGCUUCGCCUUGCAUCGAAGGGGAGCAUGCUGAAAGUGCAGAAUGUAACGGCCGACUAUGCCUUCUCUUUUCAUCACAGCGCCAGCCAGACAUUGGAGCUAUAUCAAAUGCUAUCCCUCGCAGAAGUGGGCGAUAAGCUAAUUCAGACAACAGAUGCUACCACCAAGCGACUCGUCCUGUUCUCCGGAUUGGAAGUCAAGCAUGAGAAUGGCGGUAAAGAUGAAGCUCUCGCUCAACUCGCGAUAUGCACUAUGGCGGAGGUCAAACAAGUCCCAUCAACUUAUCUACAAUCUUUGCCCGCCACACUGAGAAUUGACUAUCCGAAAUGGUUCGGUGGAUCAGCAUCAUGUAUGGCCGUUGCUGUAUCGCAUCCGCUAGAUCUGAUCAAGGUGCGAAUGCAGAUGGAUGGCGGACCUGGACAAGGAACGCUCAAGACGGCUAAGACGGUUAUUCGGGCUGAAGUAACGUACGGAUCUGUUCGCAUCGGCCUCUACGAAUCAAUCAAAGAUGUAUGCAAGGAGAAAGAUGUGACUCUAAAUGCACCUGCGCUAGCCCUAGUAGCCGGAUGCACCGGCUUCAUAGGGGCUCUAUUCGGCACCCCAUGCGAUAUCGCGAAUAUACGCAUGCAAAAUGACCAAUCGCUUCCGCCUAGCUCUCGACGCAACUAUGCUCAUGUGUUCGAUUCUUGGGUUCAAAUGAAACGCUACGAGGGCUGGGGAGCGUUUACUCAAGGGCUGUGGCCCAACUGUUUUCGUUGUGCAGCUAUGACAAGCUGUCAGUUAGCAUCUUACGAUGUUUUCAAGGGCUUUUUGAUGCGUGUUACAGGCACAAAGGGAGAGCAUCCGGCUCUUCAUGUGUCUUCCUCUCUGCUGGCAAGUCUUGUCGCGACAACGCUCUGCAGUCCAAUAGAUGUGAUCAAAACGCAUUUGAUGGGAAACUCUGGACAUGGUUCUACUCUCAAUACCAUCAGAGGAUUAACUGCAACCGAAGGAAUCAAGUGGGUAGUCGGCUACAUGGUCAGUGGAUCCUUCCCCGGCAUCUCUCAGCCCAACAGUAGCAAGAUGCGGGGAACAUUUCAAAUCAUUGCUAUCAUUGGGUCUAGUAAAACCCCCACAGUAUUUGCUUUCAAAUCGCAUGAUAAAAUCGAAGCGACCUCGUCUCCCUUGGCCUGCACCAUGCUCUUGGAAGGACGACGCCUCAUGCUGGCCCAGACCAUCCUGGUCACUUUUCCCAGCUUCAUACUCUUUGGAUACAAUCAGGUCGGAGUUGGUGGCUUGUUGGCCUUUGAAAGCUGGACUCGAACAUUUCCUCAGAUCGAUACCACCCAUACCCAGGAUGGCACAUCUUAUAACUCUAUUAUCCAAGGGGUCUACGUCUCGUCGUUCACUCUCGGUGCGCUCUUCGGUGCUUUAUCGUGUUCAGCACUUGGAGACUGGCUUGGGCGGCGCAAGACUAUCUUCAUCGGCGCCUGUUUGACUUUGAUCGGGGAGAUCAUCUCCUGUACCUCGUUUGACUUGUCUCAGCUUAUCGUGGGGCGCAUAAUAAUCGGCAUUGGUGUCGGAGAGCUGAGCACCAUUACUCCAGUCUGGCAAUCCGAAUGCUCCCCUGCAAUCAACAGAGGAGCUCAUGUCGUUGUGGACGGUAUCGCAAUCACCAGCGGGUAUAUGCUCUCGUCAUGGAUCAACUUCGGCUUCUCUCACAUUGAGGAGUCAUCGGUCUCAUGGCGUGUUCCACUCGCUAUCCCUUGUGUCAUUUCCAUAACUCUGAUUGCCUCCAUAUUCUUCUUCCCUGAAUCCCCACGAUGGCUCGUGAGCUCCGGCCGUCGUGAUGCAGCGGCCCACGCCCUUGCACGAGUCAAACAAGUGUCCCCUGAUGACCCUAAUCUCCGACAGGAGGUCGCCACAAUCGAGUUAUCGCUGGAAGAAACAGCACGAACCGCCGCAAAAAUGAAAGACAUAUUCACCAUGAAACAGGGGAAACUCUUCUACCGUUUCAUGCUCUGUAUGGGUCUUCAGUUCUUUAUCCAUAUGACCGGUGCCAACGUCAUCAGCACCUACGUGACCACCAUCUUCCAACAGGAUCUGGGCCUCUCAAAUGACCUCUCUCGUAUCCUCGCUGCAUGUGCAUUGACAUGGAAGUUCCUUGCCUCGUUUGUCGCUUUCUUCACUAUCGACCGGUUUGGAAGACGAAAGCUUUUCCUGUUCACAGGAACGGGGCUGACGGUUUGCAUGACGGGAUUGGCUAUUACGAAUAGUUUCCCGGAUGACAAUAAACCUGCUUCGAUCUUCAGUGUUAUUUUCAUCUUUUUGUUCAACUUCUUCUUUCCCAUUGGGUUUCUGGGAACUUCGUUCCUGUACUGUACGGAGGUUGCGCCGAUUCGGUUGCGAGUGGCCAUGACGUCUAUUUCGACGGCCAAUCAUUGGCUUUGGAAUUUUGUCGUCCAAAUGAUCACUCCCGUCGCCCUCAGCAAUAUCGGAUAUCAAUACUAUAUAGUCUACGCGUUGAUCGCAUUCUGCUUUCCUAUCGUGGCGUUUCUCUUCUACCCCGAGACAAUGGGUCAAAGUUUGGAAAAGAUCGAAGAGCUGUUUCAGCAGGAUAUAUCUAUCUUUGACACUGUUAAGGCCGCGAGACACAUGACUAGGUGGCCUGAGCUGGAUGGCCAGGUGAAUGAGGAUGGCAAGAUUGAGGUUGAGCAGAUUGAGGAUUCGGCGGAUGAGAAGUCAAUUUAG